UACACAGUCCUUGUACAGCACGUCUGUGACUCUCUUCUACAUUGUAUGCUUGGAUUUUCAUUUUUUCUCUUCUUGUUGAUGCGACCUAGAAGAAUGCAGGGCUCACAGGAGCCCUGUUCUGUGAUUUAUUUGGGCCGAGACAAUCUUGAGAAAAACCAUGAUAAAUCACUGAAAGAAUGGCUGAAAACACAUUUGAUUGUGCCUCCAAUGGAACUAAUUUCCCGUAUAUUACACUCACUGUUUCCAACUUCACGUCUGCCCUCUCCAGAUCUUUUGGGGCCUGGUUUAGCAUUUUUUAUCUUAGCGGCUCUCCUUCACACAGGGCAUUCAGCUAAAGUAUUACAGACAGCAUCAUCUGCACCAUCUCCAAUUCUUGCUCUUCUGCUAUACACAGCCCUGAUUCCAGCAGCAGCAUAUGUUUCUGUCUGCAUAGCAGGAUCAACAUUGUCACUGAUGGAAACAAUUUCACUUAUGGGUUACGCUUCCUACGGCCACAUACUUGCAAUGGGUAUCCCAGUUCUGUUUCACCAAGAAGAAAGUGAAAUAUUCUUCUUUUGGUGCCUUACCGUAUUUGGAGGGCUCAGUUCUUUAAGAAUUAUACUUGUACUGCUAGUUUCAGUACGUAUUCCUGCAGCCCGGUUAGUAGUGUGUAGUCUCGUAGCAACUUUACAUUUGCUUUCUCUUGUAUUCCUGCAUUUUGUUUACAUGCAUACGACAUUUGUGUAUGGUGGAAACUGAAGUGUUGAAGGCUAAUCCCCUAUGCAUACCUGAGUAUAAAAUAAAUAUUUUAUUUGAAGCCCUGUCAGAUUUUCCCAUAUUUUAACUGAAAUCAAAUCAUUUAAAGCGUAACUUGGGUGUUUGACAUGCAGUGGCCAUUGUUACCAGGAGUGUGUACAGAUAAUUUCACUGCCAUAAAUAUUGAAAAUGUAAUUCAUAUCAUUUCAAGGAGCCCAGCAGAAUCUUAAUUAGCAAUACAGACCACAGGAUUGUGAUACUGAAGUGUCAGUGGUGGAAUGCACUUCAGCUUUCAGAAAGUUACAUAAUUCUUUCAUAGUGCCUUGUGCUGAACAAUUUGUAAAGACUGGAAGCUGAUGUGCUUUUAUUAAGGUGGCUCUUCGAACAGUUAUAUCCUGAGUAGUAGUAGUGGUGGUGGUUACCACCACCACCACCAAACUAGUGGAAUAUCUUCAUUGUAUUGUAUAAGUGGUUACAUCAGAAAAAUAUGAAUGUAGAAGAUAGUUUUAGCUUGUGCUGAAAGUGAUAUAACUGUGCCCUAUAGUAAAAUAUGGAAACAACUUGAAGUAUUGUGUAGUUUUCACUGCACACAUUUGUUUAGUCAAACAGGUGAAUCAUUACAGUGAAGUAUUCCGAAGUUCAUGUACAGAGAUCCCAUGAAAUUAGUUGCAUAUUACAAGCGGUAUUACCACUAUUUAUUUGUAUUCUCAUAACCAUUUAAUUGUUACAUUUAGAAUAUUAUUAAAUUUUACAAAAUAUGCAGUCUGACCACCACUCGUUGCACAUUAUUAGUGCCUAACGUGGUCAGAGCAGCAUAUGAUAGCCGAACAGAUUUGAUGUUCAGAUUGUUGUCUACUGUAUUAUCAACAGUUUUGGCCCAAAAUUGAAUUCUGUAAAAAUAUGAUUCAUGUAAUACCUCUUAGUAGCAUAGCAGAACUACUUCGUGUUGAUAUAUCAAGACUGAAAAUAUUGUAAUCAAUGUGCCCAAGAGUUUCACGUAUGCACUUGUAAUGUACCUAAAUUUAUUGAAGGCAUUCAUCUUUAUUCCAAAUAAAUUUGUUAUGAAAUACUUGCA